UGCAGUUUAUGGGCCCCGUUUGAAGUGUUUUCCCUAAAAUGGAGCGGACGUUGAUCAGAUGCUAGCUAAGAGUUUUUUCUCUCUUCCUCAUACUCUACUCCUCACUGCCCACGGUCUCGCCAAGUCAACCGGAGAGAAACUUUUGAGACAACUUUCCAGCACUAUAGCUCAACGUGACUGCGCCGUAUCAGAUGUAAUAUGGGUUCAGCAAUGGCUUCUGUCUAUAUGCAAAUGUAUUGUAUUUUGAAUGGGUUGCAUGAUCUGAAGGAAGCAAGAGAAGAUGUUUUGAAUUAAGGAGCCUAAAGAAGCGUGGAGGAACAGCUAUGUCCGUGAUGUUUGGGAAAGUUAAGACCUGCAACUUAACAGCUGCGCCGGAGAGAUGUGAAUGUAACUUAGUGCUGCUGGGAGCAACGGGGUCAGGGAAAUCGGCCCUGAUUGUAAAGUUCCUCACAAAGCGCUUCAUCAGUGAGUAUGACCCCCGCCUAGAGGAUAUUUAUGCUUCGGAGGAGAUUGUGGACCAGCAGCCCGUGGUGGUGCGAGUGAUGGACACCUAUGAUCAGGACGGUCCGGUGAACACUGAGAGGUACCUGACCUGGGCCAAUGCUUUCAUAGUGGUCUACGGUAUUGACAAUCAGGACAGCUUCAAGGUCUGCCACAAGUACCUGGACACGCUGUCGGUGCACAAUAAAACAUUCAAGAGCCACACGCCCAUAGUUCUGCUGGGGAACAAACUAGACAUGGAGCGCUACAGGGGUGUGAGUAAAUCUGAGGGAGAGGAGCUUGCUUCGCGGUUCGGCUGUCUGUUCUACGAGAUCUCAGCUUGUAUGGACUUCCAGGAUGUUCAGCAGAUCUUUCAUGAGGCAGUGAGGAGAGCCAGACGAGACGGGGAAUGUGGACGUGUGGUUUACAUCGGUGAGGACAAGAGCCUCCUGACAUUGCCCUCCCCUCCCUCCUUCACCACCCCCUGUAUUAAAGAGCUCCCAGCUCCAGCCACUGCCAAGUUAGUCACAGUGAAGACCUCCAGAGCCCAGAGCAAACGCAGGGCUGCCACACUUACGCUGCUCAAAGGCUUCAAAAUCUUCUGACCUCCUCAUGACAUUUCAACUACUGACAAUGUGGUCACCAAGCACUGUUAGACUAUAUACUAGGAUACAUUUAUCUAUAUAGUUACUACAACGGGAAGGAAGCGACAACUGAGCAAGAUGACUCAAGCUAAUGUGAUCAGUAGUACUACUGAACUGAAAGCACAGAUCUAAUAUUGUGGUCAUGGAUAAUGUUUUGUGUUAAACACAAAAAGUUAGUGCUGGACAGUACCUCAUUUAGUUGCACAGAUAAUGUGAUGUGCCUUUUUAAGGGGAAAAUUACAUUAUAAUGAUUUAAAACAAAAGUCUAUGAAGCCUGAAAAAGCUAAGCUAAUGCCAAAUUGAUAUGUGUAGCACACUGAAUACAGAUGUACACAAUAUCGUGAGUUUGCAAGCUCACUAAUAUCAUGAAUUCAUCAUGCUGGGUAAGGUUAUGUUCACAUCAAAAGGGGAUUACAGUGGUAGUCAUCCUUUUAACUUACCUGACCAGCCGCAUGCACAUACUUUGACAAAACGUUACAAAGACUACCUGCCUCCACAAUUUCAGAGGGUGUGAUUGACAACCAAUCAAAGAGACGCAUGCUUGAUUUGUAUAAAAAAAAAACAAAAAAAACCCCAACUGAACACAGAGAACUGAGUAACUAUUAUUUAUCUCAGAUGAAGGAAGUUAUUGGCUGAAUGAUACAAAAAUUGAUGAGAUGAGAUGUCUUCCACAUCUGAGAAACUCUACUCUAAAUUAGCCGCUGUAGUUGGAUUGUAUCAAAUUAGGAGGCAGUUUUUUCAGGCUCUAUGGUCCAAUUCCAGAUCCUUGGAUUCACAGAAUGUAAAAGGGACUGGCUGGUCAGGUGGUUGUUAUAUUUAUUUGUAUUUAUUUUACAUUGUUCUACAGUAGAGUUGUUGGAUUGUGCCCUUGAAGUUUGGUACUUUGCAUAUAUAGUGUAAACAAGAAAGUUUGAACAGGGACAGUGCAUUUGUGACGUCUGAUGGUUUCACUGAUGGCUCCCCAUUGUCCUUUACAGCAGUUGGUUGCCAAUAUAAAAAUAAGAAAAAGACCCAGCGCCAGAGAUAAAAGUAUGAGCUUAAGUCUGCUCUUUCAUCAGCGGAAGAUGGAUUACAAAUUAUGUCAAAAGUGCCGGGGUAAUUGUUCCCAGUAUUCGCUGUGUUCCAACUCUUAUGUUUUUAAUGGCAGCCUCCCACAGUGAUAUCCGGGCACACUCACCGCUCGUAAAACAAAGCUUAUUUUGAACCCGGCUUUGUGACAAAUCAAAGAGAAUCAUCAUUUCUACUCAGCCUGGUGUGGAAGUCUUAGUGCUCUUUUUGUAAUUAUGUUGCAUAGUUAAGCAAGACUGUAAUGGGUUCAGCCCGUAUGACCUGUGCUAAUUAACACUCUCUUGUUAUUUAAGUGUAUAAUUCUAUAAAGAAAUCCUA